GUCUCCCGUGUUCUCACUUUCCCCGCUUCCCAACUCUGACUCGCAAGCGCAAGCCACCACCUUCCCUCCUCCGUCCCGUCCCGUCCCAACGGAUUCCCACGCCCUACAAAACCCCCGUCGUCCCAGCUUCCCUCCCAGCACCAGCAGCAGUCCCACCUCACCCGAAUAAGCAUAAACGCGCCUGAGAAAAGCCCUUGGAAAUCACGCCGACGGUGGGGGGUUAGGGGAGAUGGACGCGACGGCGGAAAUCCACAAGGUCGCCAGCAUGCGGCGCGACAGCGGCUCCAUAUGGCGGCGCGGCGACGACGUGUUCUCGCGAUCGUCCAGGGACGAGGACGACGAGGAGGCGCUGCGCUGGGCCGCGCUCGAGAAGCUGCCCACCUACGACCGCGUCCGCCGUGCCAUCCUCCCGCCUCUCGACGGCGGCGAGGGCGCGGCCCCCGGGGCGGCGGCGGGGAAGGGGGUCGUGGACGUGCACGGCCUCGGGCCGCGCGAGCGCCGGGCUCUCCUCGAGCGCCUCGUGCGCGUCGCCGACGAGGACAACGAGCGCUUCCUGCUCAAGCUCAAGGACCGCCUCGAACGGGUUGGGAUUGAAAUGCCGACGAUCGAGGUGCGGUUCGAGCACCUGGUGGCGGAGGCGGAGGUCCGGGUCGGCAACAGCGGCCUCCCCACCGUCCUCAACUCCAUCACCAACACGCUCGAGGAAGCGGCGAACGCGCUGCGCAUACUCCCCAACAGGAAGCGGACCAUGCCCAUCCUCCACGACGUCAGUGGCAUCAUCAAGCCCCGCAGGAUGACACUCCUGUUGGGCCCACCUGGGUCAGGCAAGACCACCUUGCUGCUCGCCUUGGCCGGGAGGCUCGACAAAGACCUCAAGGUCUCAGGCAAUGUUACCUACAACGGGCACGGGAUGGAGGAGUUUGUGCCGGAGAGGACGGCGGCGUACAUAAGCCAGCACGACCUCCACAUAGGGGAGAUGACUGUGAGGGAGACACUCGCCUUCUCCGCACGCUGCCAGGGUGUUGGCACUCGCUUUGAUAUGCUGACUGAGUUGUCGAGGCGAGAGAAGGCCGCAAAUAUCAAGCCAGAUGCUGAUAUUGAUGCAUUUAUGAAGGCUUCUUCAAUGGGAGGUCUGGAGGCCAAUGUGAACACAGACUAUAUACUGAAGAUAUUAGGACUAGAGAUGUGUGCAGACACGAUGGUUGGGGACGAGAUGCUCAGGGGCAUCUCUGGUGGACAACGGAAGCGUGUUACAACUGGUGAGAUGCUGGUUGGGCCGGCCAAGGCGCUCUUCAUGGACGAGAUCUCAACUGGGCUCGACAGCUCAACUACAUUUCAGAUUGUAAACUCACUCAGGCAAUCUGUGCACAUCCUUGGUGGCACAGCCGUCAUCUCCCUGCUGCAGCCAGCCCCUGAAACGUACAACUUAUUCGAUGACAUCAUCCUCCUCUCUGAUGGCCAAGUCGUGUACCAGGGCCCUCGUGACGACGUGCUUGAAUUCUUCGAGUCUGUGGGGUUCAAGUGUCCUGAAAGGAAGGGCGUCGCCGACUUCUUGCAAGAGGUGACUUCGAAGAAAGAUCAAAAGCAAUACUGGGUGCGGGGUGAUGAGUCCUACCGGUUCGUGCCGGUUAAGGACUUUGUGCGUGCAUUCCAGUCAUUCCACACCGGGAGAGCUAUAAGAAAGGAGCUCGCUGUGCCAUUCGACAAGAGCAAGAGCCAUCCAGCAGCAUUGACAACUACGAGGUAUGGUGUGAGUGGCACGGAGCUGCUAAAGGCAAACAUUGGCAGGGAGAUCCUCCUCAUGAAAAGGAACUCUUUCGUCUACAUGUUUAGAACCUUCCAGCUGAUCCUCAUGUCAUUUAUUGCAAUGACGCUCUUCUUCCGUACAAAGAUGAAGCGCGACUCGGUGACAAAUGGGGGCAUCUACAUGGGGGCACUCUUCUUUGGUGUGCUCAUGAUCAUGUUCAAUGGCUUCUCUGAGCUUGCACUCACCGUCUUUAAGCUACCCGUGUUCUUCAAGCAGAGGGACCUCCUUUUCUACCCAGCAUGGGCUUACACAAUACCCUCAUGGAUCCUCAAGAUCCCAAUAACAUUUGUUGAGGUUGGCGGUUAUGUUUUCAUAACAUACUAUGUCAUGGGGUUCGACCCAAAUGUAGGCAGGUUCUUCAAGCAAUAUCUUCUUAUGUUAGCAAUCAAUCAGAUGGCGGCAUCACUCUUCCGAUUCAUUGGUGGAGCAGCAAGGAACAUGAUUGUUGCGAAUGUCUUUGCAUCAUUCAUGCUGCUCAUUUUUAUGGUAUUGGGCGGAUUCAUUCUAGUAAGAGAAAAAGUGAAGAAAUGGUGGAUUUGGGGCUACUGGAUCUCCCCACUAAUGUAUGCACAGAAUGCCAUCUCAGUGAAUGAGUUCUUCGGUCACAGCUGGGAUAAAAUAUUGAAUAGCACGGCCUCAAACGAGACCCUUGGAGUGCAAGUCCUGAAGUAUCGCGGAGUGUUUCCAGAAGCAAAGUGGUACUGGAUCGGUUUGGGUGCAAUGCUCGGGUACACCUUGUUGUUCAAUGCUCUCUUCACUCUUGCCCUUACAUACCUGAAGGCAUACGGUAACUCCCGUUCGUCGGUAUCUGAAGACGAACUGAAGGAGAAGCAUGCCAACCUGAACGGUGAGGUUCUGGACAAUGAUCGCAUGUUAUCACCAAGCAAUGAUGGACCGAUACGAAUGAACACUGGAAAUGACUCAGCAAUAGUCGAAGAGAAUUCUAGCCCCAUGCAAAGGGGAAUGGUGCUUCCAUUUCUCCCGCUUUCACUCACCUUUGACAACAUCAGAUACUCUGUUGACAUGCCACUGGAAAUGAAAGCACAAGGCGUAGUUGAAGACCGAUUGGAGCUCCUCAAAGGUGUUAGUGGAUCUUUCAGGCCAGGGGUACUGACUGCCCUGAUGGGUGUCAGUGGUGCUGGCAAGACUACUCUGAUGGAUGUGUUGGCAGGGAGAAAGACAGGUGGGUACAUUCAAGGAAACAUCAGCAUUUCAGGAUACCCGAAGAAACAAGAGACCUUUGCACGCGUAUCAGGAUACUGCGAACAGAAUGAUAUCCACUCUCCGCAGGUGACAGUCUAUGAGUCGCUGCUUUUCUCAGCAUGGCUCCGUCUCCCCGAGGAUGUUGAUUCAAACAAAAGAAGGAUGUUCAUCGAGGAGGUGAUGGAGCUUGUGGAGCUCAAGCCUCUGAAAGAUGCAUUGGUUGGUCUACCGGGAGUGAAUGGUCUGUCAACUGAACAGAGGAAGAGGCUGACCAUUGCUGUGGAGCUCGUUGCUAAUCCUUCUAUCAUUUUCAUGGAUGAGCCAACCUCCGGACUUGAUGCCCGAGCAGCCGCAAUCGUGAUGAGGACAGUGAGGAACACUGUUGAUACUGGUAGAACUGUGGUUUGCACGAUUCAUCAACCUAGCAUUGACAUAUUUGAAGCAUUUGAUGAGCUAUUCCUGAUGAAGCGAGGUGGAGAAGAGAUCUAUGCUGGUCCAUUGGGCCAUCAUUCUGCAGACUUAAUCAAUUACUAUGAGGGCAUUCAUGGGGUCAGCAAAAUUAAAGAUGGCUACAAUCCGGCAACAUGGAUGUUGGAAGUGACAACGAUCGGUCAAGAACAGAUGCUAGGCAUUGAUUUCAGUGACAUAUACAAGAAAUCUGAACUCUACCAGAGAAACAAGGCAUUGAUAAAGGAACAGAGCCAACCCGCGCCGGGUUCAACUGAUCUGUAUUUCCCUACCCAGUACUCGCAGUCUUCGAUCACACAAUGCAUGGCUUGCCUGUGGAAGCAGAACCUGUCAUACUGGAGGAACCCUCCUUACAAUGCCGUUAGGUUCCUUUUCACUACUGUGAUUGCUCUCCUCUUCGGCACCAUCUUCUGGGACCUUGGUGGCAAAAUGAGCCAGUCACAAGACUUGUUCAACGCCAUGGGGUCAAUGUAUGCUGCAGUGCUGUUCAUUGGUAUUAUGAACUGUACUUCGGUUCAACCAGUGGUGGCUGUGGAGAGGACAGUCUUUUACCGUGAAAGAGCAGCCGGCAUGUACUCAGCAUUCCCGUACGCAUUUGGCCAGGUUGUCAUUGAACUCCCAUACACACUCGCUCAGGCUACCGUAUACGGAGUCAUAGUUUACUCGAUGAUUGGGUUUGAGUGGACAGCUCCUAAAUUCUUCUGGUACCUCUUCUUCAUGUACUUCACGCUGCUCUACUUCACAUUCUACGGCAUGAUGGCUGUUGGCCUGACACCCAACUACCACAUCGCCUCAAUCGUCUCGUCAGCAUUCUACGCCAUCUGGAAUCUCUUCUCAGGAUUCAUCAUCCCCCGACCAAAAGUUCCAAUCUGGUGGAGAUGGUAUUGCUGGGUAUGCCCCGUAGCGUGGACACUGUACGGGCUGGUUGUCUCACAGUUUGGCGAUGUCACAACGCCAAUGGAGGACGGCACUCCCGUGAAAGACUUUAUAGAGGGCUACUUCGACUUCAAGCACAGCUGGUUAGGUUAUGUUGCUACGGUGGUCGUGGCGUUUGCGGUGCUGUUUGCCUUCUUGUUCGGUUUUGCCAUCAUGAAGCUCAACUUCCAGAAGAGGUAGAUGAUGACGAUAUGAGGCAUGUUCUAGAAAGAAAUGCAUUAGUUGCCCGCAAAUAUGAAUCGAUGUGUACAUAUCAUUUGACCACAUGGAAUGUUUAGGUUCAUUAGUUAUCUUGUACUAGUACAUCAUAGAGGUCUAUCUUUUGGAAACAUUUUGCACCACCCGAAUGCUUUUUUGGUAAACGGAAUAUAUUAAUAUCAAGACGAUACCAAGUA